GAGAACACACACACACUCCUUUUGUUAGUGCUAUAAAUCAUAAAGAGAGGGGGCAAAAAUCCAAAAAACAACCAAAGUCCAAGAAAAUGUCAUCAAUUAACAUUUGUCUCUCUAUAAUCCUCUCUCUUUGCUACUCCUAUUUCAUAUCAUCCAAAAUCCCCAAAGGUAUUCCAAGGCUAAUUUCACUUCUUCCCAUUUUUUACCUCUUCACAAUUCUCCCACUUUACUUUUCUUCUUCAUUUCUUAUAGCACUCACCACUUUCUUCAUUACUUGGCUUGCCAAUUUCAAACUCCUCCUUUUUGCCUUUAAUCAAGGCCCUCUUUCUUCAUUCACACAAAAAAAUGCAACAAAUCUUCCUAUAUUCAUUUUUAUGGCUUCUCUUCCUCUAAGAUCCAAACAAAAUAUGAAAAACCCCACCAAGAAAAUCCCAUUAAAUCUAGGUUUAGAGUUUGUCCUUUUUGCAAUUUUCUUAGAGUUGACUUUUCAUCAUAAAAGUCAACUCCACCCUAAAUUAAUCUUGAUUUGUUAUUGUUUCUUGGUUUUUCUCAUGAUUGAUAUUCUUGUAGCAUUAUCUAGCAAUAUUGUUAAAAUAAUCCUAGUGGGGUUUGAGUUAGAAUUAGAGUCACCAUCAAAUGAACCUUAUUUAUCAACUUCCCUUCAAGAUUUUUGGGGAAAUAGGUGGAAUCUCACCGUAACCAAUACACUUCGUCUCACCGUAUACAACCCGGUAAGGUCAGUAUUGUCAGAAGUUGUCGGGAGGAUGUGUGCCCUACGUGUUGCCGUGCUGGCAACUUUCGUCGUAUCCGGUUUAAUGCAUGAGCUUUUGUUUUAUUACGUUAAUCGCGUGAGCCCUUCGUGGGAAAUGACGGGCUUUUUUGUGUUACACGGGCUUUGUGUGAUGGUGGAGAUUGGUGUUAAGAGGGCUUUAAAGGAUACGUGGCGGCUACCGGGCUUUGUUUCGGGCCUGUUAACGGUUGGGUUUGUGGUUGUUACUGCUUUUGGGCUUUUUUUCCCACCAAUAAUUAGGAAUGGUGCUGAUGAAAGGGUACUUCAAGAAGUUGGGUUUUGCUUUGACUUCAUCAAAGCUAAAAUGGUUCAAUUUGUUGGUUAUUUUAGAUAAAUUUUGUAACUUUUGGUUAUUAUAAGAAAAGUUGAUUUGUUCAUUUUGGAUA